AUGGCAAAUUCCACUUCCAUCCAUCUGCAUCUCCAACUCCAUCGCCAUCUCUAUCUGCAUCCGAAACUGAAACAGAAACUGCAAAUGCACGCUCUCCCAUGGCGGAUCACCUGUGUGGGUAUGGGUAUGGAUGGAGGUAUGGGUAUGGACACGAGUGCAGCAGCAGGAGGAUCGGAUCGGAUACUUCUUGUGCUGUUGGUCCUCUCCUGCCAGGGACAACACCACCAUCCGCACAACCAGCACCCGAAUGUCAACAACAUUCCGCGUGAUGACAAACCCGAUCACCAUCGCCACGAAGAUCACCGGGAGACCAGCACCUGGAUACCCAUAAUCAAGUACAACAAGGAGCAGAGCGAGGAUGGUAGCUACAAGACGGAAUACGAGACGGGCAACAGCAUCGUCCACGAGGAGACGGGCUUCCUCAAGGACUUCGAUACAAAUCCCAAUGGCGUUUUGGUCCAGCAUGGCCAGUACUCUUACCAAUCGCCCGAGGGAACGCUGGUGAAUGUCCAGUACACCGCCGAUGAGAAUGGAUUCAGGGCCACCGGUGAUCACAUUCCCACGCCGCCGGCCAUUCCCGAGGAGAUCCAGAAGGGAUUGGACCAGAUCUACGCCGGCAUCAAGUUGCAGCAGGAGCGUCUGGAGCAACGGGCCAAGACGGAUCCGGACUUUGCCAGGAAGCUGGAGGAGCGACGGGUGGCCAACCAGAAUGGCCAGUAUAUCGGUCUGCUGGAGAACCAAUAGACGAGAGUUCCGCCCAUCCAUCC